UUUUUUUUUUUUAAUUCCUUUUCUCCUUUUUCUUUUUCUCCUCUUUAUAAAUAUAUAAAUGAAAAACUUAAAAGGACUAUCGAUAAUAACAUGCGUGACAAUAUUAACUCUUUUUAUCGCUUGUACAUCACAAGCAAUUGUUAUUUAUCCCUUUCUUUAUUCAAUGAAUAACAGUAUUCAAUUAAUUCUCAUACUUGUAUCCUUAAAUUAUCUAAUAUUUAUGGUUUUGAUAAACUAUUUUCUUACAUGCAAAACAGAUCCUGGAUCAGUACCUAACCAAUGGGUGCCGAGACAACAAGCAUUUAUUGAAGUUAAAAAAUCAACUCACACAUUACGAUACUGUAAAACAUGUAAAAAUUAUAAGCCACCGAGAACACAUCAUUGUUCUUGCUGUAAUCGAUGUGUAUUGAAAAUGGAUCAUCAUUGUCCUUGGGUAGAUAAUUGUAUUGGUUUUGCAAACUACUGUCAUUUUUUUCGUUUUUUAAUUUAUGUCGAUCUGUGCACUAUAUAUCUAUUCACUCUCCUAAGCUGCAGGUUAGCUCAAAUUAUAAGAGAUAUGCAUCAUUAUCAUAUAUACCCCACAACAUUAGAAGCCAUCUUUAUCUCUAUCAAUAUGAUUUUGACAGCAGCUAUCAUGAUUUCUGUCGGUAUUUUGACAAUCUAUCAUAUUUAUUGCAUUACUACCAAUACAACAACUAUCGAAGGCUGGGAAAAAGGUAGAUCACUUACAAUAAAAGGCAUGGGCAAAAUUCAUAAUGUUAAAUGCCCCUAUGAUCAAGGGAUAUAUAAAAAUAUUCAAUCUGUAUUAGGAAAAUAUCCAAUAUUUUGGUUUUUACCAAGGCCUAUGAGCGGCACUGGUUUAGAUUUUCCUAUUAGUACAAAAUAUCUUGAUGAAGAAGUUGAAAACAGUACAACACUCACAACGGAAAAAUUACAUAAUACAUCCACUAUUUCACUAAAUCGAUAUUCUUCCAACGCAAGCUCUCAAUGGGCUUUAUCCUCCUCAGUAAUCGAUAUGUCUUCCUCUGCAAUUGAUGUUAUACCUCCACCCUUAGCGUAUAAUACCAUGAAUGAGGGAUAUUAUUAUUGCCAAGCAACAAAAAUAGAUCAUACGGCUCCAUCUCCUAUACUAUUAAAUGAUAUAAAUACCUAUAGUGUUAAUACAAUAAUUGAAGAUAAAUCAAUUCAUCAUCCUAUUACAGCAGUAUCAAAUACACCAGAAUCAACUCUUACAUUUGCAUCCACCGCAACGACUUUAGUAGAUCAUUAUCAUCAUUUUUCAUCCAUAGUAAAGCCGUAAAUCAGAGUGAAUUGUUAUUUUUGUAUAUUUAAAUAGAUUUCUUUCCUUCUCUCUCAUUUCUUUUGCAAUACUACAGUCGCUUGGAUAUAGAUUAUAUAUAGAGAGCACUUUAUUUCAUUCUCAACCUAUUGUUACUAACAAGAAAUCAUCAGAUGCAACUCCGUUUUACUCGUAAUAUUCAUUCAUCUUUUAUAUAUAUUCAUUGUUUAUAAUUGUAAAUUGUGUAUAUUGUCAAAGCUCCCAUCACUUAUAUCUAUCUAUACUAUUAUGCAGUACACAUAACCUUUUUUUUUUCAUUUCAUUUCAUUUUAUUUU